GGGCACGCGUUGGUGUGAGAUGAGAUCACCCGUACUGGACGGAUUAGAGUAGAAAUUCUGGUCUGCUUAAUAACGUCACCCAUACAUUAACGCCGUCAGCUUUUGAUUUCGUUUGAUAAUUUAAUAGUGACCACAUGUUGACAAGAUCGGACGGACCACAGGCAGGCUUUGAGGGACUCUUGUUUGGGCUUGGUGGAAGGAGUGAUUGUUUAAAGGCUGUUCUUUAUCUGCUUCUUCUGCAUAUAACGUUACGGUGACUUCAGCAGAUCAAAACAUUUCUGCCUGCACAAAUCCGUUUCCAGGAUCAAGACCUUCUAAAACAGUGAAGGAUGAAUCACCUGUCAUUGAGUGAGCUGUGUUGCCUUUUUUGCUGUCCACCAUGCCCGAGCAGAAUAGCCUCCAAGUUGGCCUUUCUUCCACCUGAACCCACCUACACCCUGAUGUGUGAUGAGAGUGGCAGCCGUUGGACACUCCAUCUUUCCGAGCGUGCGGAUUGGCAAUACACAGCCCGGGAGAAGGACGCUAUUGAAUGCUUCAUGACCCGGACUUCUAGAGGGAACCGCAUCGCCUGUAUGUUUGUGCGAUGUUCCCCCAAUGCUCGCUACACCUUGUUGUUUUCACAUGGUAACGCUGUAGACUUGGGUCAGAUGAGUAGUUUCUACAUUGGCCUGGGCUCCCGGAUCAACUGUAAUGUGUUCUCCUAUGACUAUUCGGGCUAUGGGGCGAGCUCAGGGAAGCCUUCAGAGAAGAAUCUGUAUGCUGAUGUGGAUGCAGCCUGGCAUGCACUACGAACAAGGUCCAUGAUCUCUUCACCCAGUGCUUUGUGGUAGUGCAGUCAGCUGACUGAAGCAAUCAUGCGCUUUAUAAUAAGGCAUGGAAUGUGUACACACUGCCCCCUAGGAAAACCGAGCCGUCCACCACCAUCUGCAUGUUUCCAGAGCUUAUUGGAUAAAGUCACGUUGUUUGCUGAUUUAAAAACUAAUGUUGCCGCCCACUUCCCUCUACAAGAGAAAUGAAUCUCUGAUAAUUGAAUUGAACGUCUUACUGGAUUUCUGGAAAGCGUCUUUGUGUAUGGCUUUUUACUGCAGACAGCAAUUGAUUAAUUCCUGACUCUCAUGCAGGGAACUAAAGUGCUUCACUGAUGUCAUCUAGUUCACUGUUCCUCACUCUUGAAUACAUUAUGCAAACACUCACCAACCCCUUUAUCAGGUAAACCUGGCCAGAAUCCUUUUACCUAUAGAACAAUCAUAAUUUCUGCCAUAGAUUUACCAAGGUGCUGGAAAUAUUUUUCAUGGAUUUUGGUCCAUAUUUCCAUUUGUAGCAUCGUUUGUCGACUGCACAUCCUGUUCUACCAAAUACUAAAGGUCUUUUGAGUUUAGCAAACUCAUGUGAACUCAUUACAUG